AGUUGAGGAUUCCAAAGAGCUCCAUCACACACCUCAUUCAUUAUUUUCAUGUCCGUUUCUGUUCACUUGACUUUCCAAGUAGAUGUGAUUAUGGAAGAGUUAGUUUCUAAAACCCUAAAACCAAAUCCAUACGUUGUGGUAUUCUUUUCCGCCGAAAAACCCAUGCAUAUAUAAAAUAUUUGGACUUCAUUACUAAUCCAGAAAAGCUAACUACUCAGACACUGAGCGUCCACGAUCGGUUCCUAUUGCGGUUGCUACUUCCGCUUGUCAGCAGAUGAGCCGUUCACCGGGAAAUCAAAAUAGAAAUGAAAGGCCAAACUCCAAGGCCCCAGAGACGGCGGAGCUCCAGCGACACCUACCAUUGUACAGAGCUGCAAAGAAAGGUGAUUGGCAAAAGGCUAACAAUCAUAUUGUCAAUAACAGGGACGCAGUGACUGCCCGGAUUACGAUCUCCAAUGAUACGGCUUUGCAUAUAGCUGCAGCCCAAGGACACGUCAAGUUUGUGAAGGAACUCGUGAACCUCAUGACAUGUAAGCAGCUUGAAUUAGAAAACUCUGAUGGUGAAACAGCACUUCAAGGUGCCGUGCUUGCUGGAAACAUUGAAUCUGUGAAAGCAAUGGUGGAAAAGAACCCAAAAUUAACACUUUUACCUGAUAGAUACCAGUACAUUCCUCUGUUAAAUGCUGCUAAUUAUGCUCCACCGAAGGAACAAAAGAAGGAUAUUGUCGAGUAUUUGUACACCAUCACGAGUGAUAAUGAUGACGAGGAGAUCUUCUCGGGUGAUUCCGGUCGUCAAAUCAUAUGUAGCGUAAUUGGAGCUGGUUUCCAUGAUAUUGCCAAAGAUAUGAUCGAGAAGUAUGAAGAUUUGGCUAUUCAAAACGAUAGUAGGAGAAUGAAUCCUUGUGCAUUAGAUAUGAUGGCAGCAAGCAAAGCAUUUCUAAGAAGAGAUGAACUGCAAUUUUGGGAUCGUCUCAUCUACUCAUUGCAUUUUCCUUCUGCUACGCCUGGCAUCAGCUUCAAAGGAGAUGCGGAGAACCCUCCGGAGAGUUCGAGCUUUCCCUAUUCAACAAGAGUGUGCGGAUGGAUAAGUGAAGAAAUCCGGAAACUCGCUAAACAAGUAGUUCCAGGAAUCAAAAUACACAACAAAAAAUUGAUGCACGAUAACGCUGUAGCAUUAACGAAGUGCAUUAUUACAAAAAUGAAGUCUUUAAAGAAUAGCUCAGAGAUUGAAGAAUAUUUCACAGAAACAGGGGUCUUGGACGUGGCUACCAAGUUAGGGGCAGUUGAAGUUGUGAUGGAGUGCUUACAAAGCUUUCCUGGUCUACAUUGGGUUAAAAUGGGGGAAGAUGAAAGAGAUAUGUUUUACAGUGCAGUUUGUGCACGACAAGAAAAGAUUUUCAAUCUCGUAUAUCAAAUCCAUGGGUUCAAAAAGAAGUUGGCUGCCUCACUGGACAAACAAGGGAGUACGAUCUUGCAUAUGGUUGCCUGGACACAAAGUGAAUCUCCAUUUGUAAGCUCAGUCUAUUGUGUCGCUCUUAGGUUGCAGCGGGAUCUUCAAUGGUUUCAGGAGGUGGAAAGUCUUCUUCCACCAGCACACAAGAUAAUAAGAAACAGCGAUAAAAAGACUGCUCAAGAAUUAUUUAAAGAAGAGCACACACCAUUAUUUGCUGAAGGAGAGAAAUGGAUAAAAGAUACAGCUCAGUCAUGCGCGUUGGUAUCCGUACUCAUAGCUACAGUUGCUUUUGCUGCAGCUUUUACAGUUCCUGGGGGCUAUUAUGGUGGCGACGAUAAAGAUAACAAAGGAAACCCAAUUUUCUUAUACAAGAAGUCAUUCAUAGUGUUUGCCGUAACAAAUGCAUUGGCUCUUUUCUCUUCAACCUCGUCACUUCUUAGUUUUGUGGCUCUCCUGACAUCCCAAUAUGAUCAUGCUGAUUUCCUGGAAUCUUUGCCGAAAAAGUUGAUGCUUGGUCUUCUAACUCUCUUCAUCUCUAUAAUCUUUAUGAUGGUGGCUUUUUGUGCAACACUUUUUAUUGUACUUGGACCUAGACUCCCUUGGCUACCCGUUCUUCUAUCUUCUGUUGCUGGUGUUCCCAUAUUUUUGUUUUUACGGUCGCAUAUCUUAUUGUUUGUCACUAUGUUUCGCCGUACGUAUGGUCCUAGCAUCUUUGAUACAUGAAGCCAGCACACCGUCAUACAUUGUUCUUCUGGGUUUCAUUUCAUUUCUUGUAUUCGUUGGGGUUUGAUUUGAUUUGUCCUGCUCUUCCUAUUGUUUGUAAUUUUAUUUUACUGUCUUACAAAUAAAUUAGCUGGCAAUUC